AUGUUUAGUAUAUGUUCAAAAUCACUACUUCUACCCUCAGUAACAAGACGAAUAUUAAUAAAGAACACAGCAACAACAGCGACAAUUUGGAAAAACUCAUUCCAUACAACAAAUCUAAUAUUAAAUAAUAAAAUUAAAGAUCCAUAUAAGACAUUGGGUAUAAAUUCAAAUGCUUCACAAUCAGACAUCAAAAAAGCUUACUAUAAAUUAGCUAAAAAAUAUCAUCCUGAUAUUAAUAAAGAAGAAAAUGCAGAGGCAAAAUUUCAUGAUUUACAAAAUGCCUAUGAAAUUUUAAGUGAUGAACAGAAAAGAAAACAAUACGAUCAAUUUGGUCCAUCUGCUUUCGACCCAAAUAUAAAUACCAGCGGUAAUAGUAACCCAUUUACAUCGGAUCCAUUCGGUUUCGGUACCACAAAUAAUCCAUUCAGUGAUUUUGGUGGCAUCAAUUUCGAAGAUUUAUUCGGUAAUGCUUUUAAACAACAACAUUCAAAUAAUACUAGUAAUAGUAAUAGAAACUUCUUUAGGGAAUUUAAAGGUGAUACAAUCCAUUUAAAUUAUAAUUUAAACUUUAAAGAUUCCGUAUUUGGUAAAAAAAAUGUUAAAUUAAAUUUUAACUCAUUUGAUCCAUGUAACACUUGUAAUGGUUCAGGUUUGAAACACAAUGCUCAUAAAUCUACUUGUCAAACCUGUAAUGGUACAGGGACCCGUGUUCAUAUCCGUGGUGGUUUCCAAAUGAUGUCAACUUGUAAUGAUUGUAAUGGUGAAGGUACAAAAAUUGAUCCAAAUGAUUAUUGUAAUCAUUGUCACGGUGAUGGUGUAGAAUUCAAAAGAAAUAAAGAAAUUACUGUAGAUUUACCAAACGCGUUACAAGAUGGCGAUGUCAUUAGAGUAUCAAAUAAAGGGUCAUAUCCACAAAUGGCAAUGGAUCCAGAUUUAAUUAAUAAUAAUAACGUUAGAAUGACAAGAGGUGAUAUCUUAAUUAAAAUUAAUGUCAUCAAUGACACAAAAUUCAAAAUUAGAGAUAAAUACGAUAUUUGGUAUACUAUGGAAAUUCCAAUCACUACGGCGGCACUAGGUGGUAUUGUGACAAUACCAUCAAUCGAUGGUACCAAUGUUAGAUUGAGAGUUUCUCCAGGUACUCAAAAUGACCAGAUUAUCUCAAUUCCAAAUAUGGGUGUUCCUCGUUCAAAUAUCUUUUCGAGAAGUACUAAUACUACAAACCGCGGCAAUAUGAAAGUUCAAUAUAAAAUAAUCAUUAAGAAACCACAAUCUCAAGCAGAAAAAUGCUUAUGGGAGGCCCUUGCUGAUAUCACUAAUGAUACUACAGCUAAAAAAUCAAAUACGAACUCGACAACAUCUACACAAACUUCAACUAAGCACAAUACACAAACGUCGAAUACCACCGAAUAUAAUCCCGAUGAACCAAGUGCAUUAGGAAGAUUAGAAAAAUUCAUAUCUAACACUUUUAAGAAAAUUAAAGGCGAAAAGAACAGCUGA